CCCCCUCACCUCAGUACCUUUUCGAUCAGUACUAGUAUCCACUCGUCUCAGUCCUAAUUUUACCUUAUCGCCACUGCAGCGAUGUGCGCUAUGUCAACUAUGAAAAAGUCCUCGACCAAGGCCGCCGACCCUGUUGCUAAAUCUGCCCAGAAGACGACAGCUGCGAAGUCGCAUCAUACGACUCAUCCCCCCUGGAUUGAUAUGAUUACCGUGGGUCAUAAUUCUAAUUACUACACAGAUUCCAUCCUGGGUGAUGUGCGCUCAUUUGACAUGUGUGAAAAUAACCCCUGUCCACAGGAGUGCAUCACCACGACACCCGAUGGGACCCGUCAUGGCGUGUCACGUCCAGCGAUUAAGAAAUACCAUCUUGCAAUGAACCCUACGGUUUCUAGCCAGCUUAACCGAGCAAUCCAUCAGGGCUCCGAUAAAGGGAAUUUUAUCCUGCCAAAGGGUCCUUCCGGGAAAGUCAAACUUGCACCUCGGAGGCACAACGAGGCAGCUAAAGAGAACGCAAAGCCAGCCUCGAAGCGCUCUACUGUUGCGAAAGAAGUUCACGUCACUCCAAUCAAGGGGGCUACUAAGACCGCGGCGAAGAAGACUUCUCGUGCGGCGAAGAAGCCGGCGGCUGCCACCGUGCCCGCCGCACCGCCGAAGUCGGGAACUGCUGAAAAGAAAUAUCAUUCCGUUGCAAAGAAGGCAAGAACGACUGGUUCCUCCACUCGCAGGACGGCUGGAAGAAAGGCCGCGACAGCACAAGGCACAGCUAAGAAGACUGUCACAGGACGAACGAUUGCUUCAAAGACCAGGCGGGGAAGCAACUUCUGCGAAGAGGACUACGAGGGCUGCAGCUUCGCAGCAGAGGGCCAAGAAGACUUCUCGCAAAUAAAGGAUGUUAUUCAUGAUUUCACGCACUUUCUGGCGAAUCAUGGCUAACGUCUUGAUAUCUCCUCACAAACACGGAUAUUCCUCGCUGCUUUUCGUCUCCUGUUCCAGUCUGUUUUUUGUCCACCUUGCUGCUUUUACGUCUUGGCUGUAUCUCCGUGAUGCCCCACUCAUGCUUUCCU